UAGAGAUGGAUGGAUGAAUGAUGGAUAGAUAGAUAGAUAGCUCUGGAGGACAGAGAGAGGACCCUUCCAGUCUCUCAGCCUGAGAGGAGGGCCAUUGCGGCCCAUUGCUCUUGUGGCCCAGGGUUCGAAUCCUGUCUGGACCUUGGCUCUCUCUCUCUCUCUCCCUAUUAUAACCCAGACAAAGGCCUUCUCUGAAGCCUAGGUCUUGGGAUCACGGACAAAGGUCACCCGAAAGCGCGGACGCCCCCAACACCGUUGCCGGACGCCGUGCCUUUCAUGCUGCAGUGCAGAGCAUAAGAGCGGACGACAACGGCGGUGAUGGUGGCGAUGCCGCCGCGCACAUAAUAGACACAAUCAGCAUAUUUUUUUGCAGGGCCUCCGUGCGGCGGCGAGCGCUUUGUCUGCUACAGACGGCGGUGGCGGCAGCGGCCAUAACACAAUGCCUGUUUGUUUGCCAUAGCAUCGGCGCUAAGGAAGGCGGCGAGGAACAGAGCAGGCCUCGGAAACGAAUGCUGCCGCAGCUGUGGCCUCCUGCGUUUCCUCCUCCUCCUCCUGCGCAAAGACGGUGCCUUUGAGUGUCUCGGACCCGCGACGCCGCACGCUAUGUGCCAAUCUGGCGCGUUGCGAGGACCGGAUCCGCACGCGGCGAAAUGGUGAGAAAUGCUUCCGUACCUCCUUCUUCUUCUUUUCCUCCGUCGACGACGGCCUCUUCUUCUUCUUCCUUCCUCCCUUCUUCGCGCGGUGACCUGCACAAGGUUAGGAUCUGGCCGCCGCGGAGGUUGCGGCCGGCGAACGGCGGUGGCAGCGGUGGCGGUGGGGACCCGCACUCCUCGCACCCACAGCUGGAGGAUCUGGCUGCCCAGGGUCCCCGUAAUAGGAGAGCCAGGUUCAGGUUGCAAUUCCCGCAGCUGGCGUUGAGGCGGAGACUGGGGCAGCUGAGCUGCAUGUCCAAACCCACUUUGAAGCUGCGCUCCUGGCCGCUGGCCGUCCUCUAUUACCUCCUGCCCUUCGGCGCACUUAAGCCACUUACCAGGGUCAGAUGGAAGCCUAUGAGCAGGGUGAGUACAUGUGACCGUGCUGCGGCGGCGUGACACGGUCUUGCCGUUGAGACCUGGGUUCGAAUUUCACCCUUUUUAUAUUGCUCAGCCUUGUCUCUCAGCCUCAACGGAAACCCAAAGUUGACCGCAGCUGCAACAACAUGGCCGCCGGCGGCAAACUUUGCACACCCCAGCAAAAAUACGUCGGUGUUAAACGCAACUUCGCCAUCCAGUUUGACUAAAUUUGCGCCGUUUGGGAGAUAAUAUUGUGCGUUUUAUUAUUGUUUUAUUGGACCUGAUCCAGGAGUGUGACGCUGCAUCGGCAAAGGCGAAUGCGAUCCCCGUCGCCGUAAACGCGAUUUAACGCCAGUUUUGUAGGAGAGUUUUGAUCUCGCCGCCCUUCGACACAGAAAGGAUUGACGCCACCCUGCGCCGCCGUUAUUGCGCCUUCUAAUUGAUUUUAUAAUUGACGAUUUCUUAAUUGAUUUUAUAAUUAUAGAUAAGGAUAUAAUUAGGAAAUGCAGCUCAGGCCUUGAAAAGCCAGAGUCUCUCUUUAUAAUACUAAUAUUAACCCCGAUUUUAUUUGAAUUGCUUUGCAGUUGACCUAUUAAUUAGAUCAUAAUUAUUAAUUAGUUGUUAAUUAUCCACAGAGCUGCUCAGGUCUUGCAAAACCAUACUUAUGUGUAUAAAUAUUAAUUAUUUUAUAUCUAUACUUAUGAAUUAAUUUGAUUGUAAAUGAAUUCA